AUGAAAAAGUGGCUGUAGAAAAAAUUGAAUUAAAACCUUUCAGAUGAUUAAAAUAAACAUAGACUAACUAGAAAAGAAAGGUAUAUGAGAAAAUAUUUGAAUUCAGAAAAAUGUUAUAAUUAUUGGGAGAUUAUGACAUCCAAUAAUUUAAUUUAAGUAAAUCUAAAUAGAGAUUCAUAAGGAUUUAGUAAAUAAAUUUCAGAAAUCUUUAAAAGUCCUGAAUAAAUCUUUGAUGUUGAAUUGCAAUAGAAAUUAAUGGAAUUAUAUGCUCUCUAAGAGGAAUAAACUCCAGUAUUAGCAAUAUUUGCAGUUGGAUUUCAUCAUAAAAGAGGGUCAGAAAUAGAAUACUGUUAUCCAGAAUUAUCAUAAUUGACAAAUGAUUUAGAAAAUAUUAUCAAUACAGUGACGACAUGUGCAUUGCCAGAUGCGGUUCAUAAUGCUAAUGAAGACUAUUUAUAUUUUAAUUUUGACGCAUAAAUAAAUGGUAAGAUGAAAUAAUUGUUUGGUGUAACAUGCUUUAAAUAGAUUAAAGUGACAGAAGAGUUAAAAAAAUAAAACCCAGAAUUAACUAGAGGACAUAUCUAAAAGGCUAUUUGUUUAUUAUCCUUCGUACCACUCUUUGGAUAUAUCAAGAGCAGGUUGGAGCCUACUAUAUAAGCAUAUUUUCAAUUAUAAGAUUUUAAAGAUAUGUCAAUCUUAAAUUAUGCAUUUGACAGCAUUUAAUAAACCUUUGAUUUAAAGAAUGUUGAAAUCUCAGCUUUAUAUACUGAUACUAAUUUGAUUGGAUUAUUUUGGAUUUUCAAAGAUAAAAUUCUUAAAAUUCUUAAGGCAGUUUAAUAUUAGAUGAAAAUAAUUAUAUACUCUUAGUCUUCUAGUGUUUGUUCAAGAUUUAUAAUAAGUUUAUUAUCUCUGAUUCCAGGUUUAUUGAAUUUUAAUUUGUAAUCUAAGAAAUCAUUAAUAUAGGUAAUCAUAAUAUUUAUUAAUUUAAAGGCAAGCUACUUGAGUAAUUUUGGUUUACCCUUUAAAAUAUUUACUGAGACCUAUAGAUUAUUUAUGCAUUUUAGUGUGACAGACAUCAAUAUGCUAUAAAGUAAAAAUCUUAAAGGUUAUUUGAUUGGAACUACUAACAAAUUUAUAAAGGGUCUUAAUCAAUUAAAUCCAGAUAUUAUCAUAGAUGUUGAUAUUGGAGAAUUGAAUAUAUUAAAAGAAUAACAUAAGAAAUUAUUAAAGUAAUUGUAUUUAUUUAAUUAAGUCUUAAAUUAAUUGAAAAAUAACUGUAUAGUGCAAUAAAUACAGAUUGUUUAAAAUCAUUGGAUUUAAAUUAAUAAGAUUAAUUAAAGAGAUUAAUUCCGAUUCAAAAUCAAAAGAUAACAUUUCAAGGAAGUGAAGAUUGGAUUAGAAAAAUAAUUCAUGAUCAUUACAUAAAAUUGUUAUCAGAAAUUAGCUAUUUUUUUAUCAAUUUAUAAACAUUUGAUGAAAGAAUUAAUAAAUUGACUGCAAUAAGAACCAGAAAGAGUAUGAUAAUUAAAUAAGAAAUAAGUCCAUAAGAUGUAAUAUUAGAAUCUAUAAUAAAAAGAGCUCUGAUGAUGAGGAUGAUGUAUCUUAAGACCCGUAAAAAUUAGAAAUAAAGAAGCAUAAAGAAGAUUUAGUUAAUGAAUUAAAAAUUAAGGAAUAUCGUAAUUUACUAUAUGAUUUGAUGAGAGUGAUAAGAAAACAUAACAGAAAAGGUAUCAUACAUUGGAUUACAAAAACAGAGAAUGGACUUAAAUGGUUAAAAUCAUUUGAUUAUUCUAUUAUCACUAAUUCUGAAUGUUUUGAUAAAAAUUCAACAUUUCCAUUUUAUAAAGUAUUUGAAAAUGCAGAUAUUUAUAUUGGAAAUAUGUAAUAUGGUGGAAUGAUUGAACUGUUUUAAAAAAGAGUAUAUUUAGGAUAAAUUCAAAACUUCCUUCGACAUGGUUAAGGAAGAUAUGAAAAGUUAAUGGAUAAGAAAUUUUAAUAUAAGGGUCAAUUCAAACAUAAUAAAUUUCAUGGAGAUGGUAUACUAAUUGUUGUUAAUGAAUUUUAAUAUAAUGGACAUUUUGAGUAAAUAUAUUUAUUGAUUUUAGAAAUAAUUAAUUUAAUGGAUAUGGUAAUUUAUAAAAGGAGAAUUUAAUUUAUGAAGGUUGGUUUAAAAAUGGAUGUUAUAGUGGAACUGGAAAAUUGAUAUUGCCUAAUAAAGAUGUCUAUGUUGGCUAAUUUUCUGAAGGUUUAUUUUAAGGAGAAGGUCAAUAUGUAUGGGCUAAUGGUGAUAUCUAUAAAGGGAUAUAUAAGGCAGGAAAGAGACAUGGUAUGGGUAUCUAUUAAAGUAAGCAUAUCUUUAAUUUAAUUCUUUUAGCCAAAUAAUAUACAUAUGAAGGUGAAUGGGUGGAUGAUUAAAAGGAUGGUUUUGGAGUGAUUACAUUACAAGAUAACAAUUGUAAAUAUUAAGGAUAAUUUUCGAAAGAUGAGUUUGUUUUAAAUCAAGAUAUUAUCAUAAAAUUUCCAGAUGAUAGCAUUUAUAAAGGUAAAAUAAGUGAUUUAUUAAAUAGGAUAGAUUAAAAAUUAUUAACCUCAUGGAAAGGGUUACCUAUAAUUUAUAGAUGGUAAAAUUUAAGAUGGAAAUUUCAAGGAUGGAAACUUCAUUAUCUAAGAAGAGGUUGAAGAAAAAAACGUAUAAGUUUUUCAACAUUAAUAAAAUUAAAGUUAUGAAAACAAUCUUCAAACAGAUUGUUAAAAUUAAUAAGAUAAAGAAAUUAAUAAAACAAAAAAUCAAAAUGAACAAUUUUAAUAAUAAAUUGAUGAUAGUUCCAAUAAAUCAAUAUGA